UUUUGUUGUUUCCUAUCUCUGCUGUGGCAUUGUUCUUCAAGUUGUAAAAAGACUCUGAACUAACUUCUACUUAAAUUCAAAACAAUAUUGGUAAACAUUAUAUAAAAGGGGUCAUUUAAUCUUCAGGAUAUAUUUGAAGUACAGGUUUUAUCAAAACUGAAUACCAAGCAUCCUUUAAAGUAUCAAAGACAGAGAGUUGUUAUAUGUAAAAAAACAACACGGCUGAAUAUCACAUUUAUAUUUAUAAUUCAGUUAGAAAGGCUGAAUGGCUUGCAUUAGUGAAACAGAUGAUUUGUCUUCAGGUUUCGUUAUUGGUGCAGUUUUCUCUUUAGCUGAUGACUCAGAAAAAAUAUUAGAGAACGACGAUGCCAACACACUAGACAAACGUUCUAUAUGCUGCUCACAAACACAACCAGAAUCACAUGACGAUGAUAUAUAUCUUAAAAACUUUCUAAGCAGCAGUCCUGUUCCUGUAAAAAAGUGUUCAGUGCAAGUAAAAAACUUUAUUGAGAAAGAUAUUCGGAACAAACUUACGGAAGCUUGUAACAAUGCUAUCGUAAAACAAGAACCUGCUGUCGAAAAUGGACGACAGUCAACAAAUACCGAAGAGAAUAGUUCAGAUCGAACAAAUCAAGCAGAUAGGCGUCCAUCUAGGAAACGAAAACCUAAUUCUCUAAUGUCUUCCGAUUAUUUGUUUAAGGCGACAGAAAUACGUGAGUUCCAAAAGUCAAUAUCUAAGAAGACUGUAAAGCACGAUGCAGUUACUUGUCAGAUCGACCGUGACCUAGUAAUGUCGGUCGCCGAGAAAUGUAUUCCAGAUGUAGUAGAAAAAUCCGGUAAAGAGGACAUCAAGAUGGUUAGCAUUUUGCCACCAACAUUGAAAGUUAAUAUAAACGACACAUCAGUGCUAGUAGAUUGGAAAUCGAAAAUUUCUCAUACUUUAUCUGAAUCUGAAGUGAAAAAACGCAGCCGCCCACAGACCGCUCGAACUAAAAAGAAGCUUCGAACUCAAGAACAAAUUGACAGAGAAAAUUCUAAGAAGAGUAGAAAAUCCAAACCAAAGCCUAAGAGUAAAAAGAAAAUUACCUUGGCUGAUCCCUCUCCGCCUCAUUUAGAACCAUAUGACGGACAUAUAUCAAAUAUUCAUUCAUCUAUGUCAACUCCUAGUAGCCCGGAUGGUUUACCACCACAACUGAAGCCUUAUGAAACAGCUUCAAGUGAUAGCCCUUCUUUAAUUCUUAAAACAUCUGACGACCAAAGUAAUCUGAAGAAACCAUCAAAGCUUUAUCAAAUCGUUAGAAAUGAACGAAGCAGUCAAGAUCACAGCCCAUCAGCUGAUAACAGAAUUCCUUGUAGUUUAACAGGGCGAAUGCGGAAACCAAAUCAACAGUUUGAAAAGGACUUCCUUACUGGAUCUCUUAAAGCUCCUUAUAAAUCGUUACCGAAUAACAAGCAGUCAGAUAACUCAACAUCGCAUAACAAACUUGAGGAACAAAAUAGCACCAUUGAUCAUGACAGUAAUAAAGUUCAUGUGACAAUGUUACCAAACAAUAAACACUCGACAGUAUCGUCAGAUACGAUGUCUUAUAUAAUACAAACUGCUAAUCAGUUUGCAGACAAGAACACUGGGAACACACAGGGAAUAUGUAGUAAAGCGAAUCCGUCUUUAGGGACUGCUUUACAGAUACCAAAGACAACGCAGCAGGCAAGCUCAACUAAUACAAAAUUAACAUCUGCAAUAGGAGAACUUGCAAAAAUGGAAAAUACGAAGAAAUUUUUUCAGCUUAUUGUAGGCGAUAAAGUAGUUUUGAUUCCUACUAACGGAGAAAGUGUUGUACCUAAAGCAUUUGUAAUGGACAUUGCUGCAACUCGACCUGGUUCUUCAAUUGCUCUAAAUAAACAAACAGUUUCUGCAUCUCACACUCCAAAAACCUUUAUGAUGAAUAUCGCAGGAACAAAACAAGACAACAUUAUUUCUCAACCACGAUCAAUACAAACUUCGAACUCUGUUUUGAUUACUUCAGCACAGGAUAAAAACGUUCAAACGCAGCCAGUUAUGAAUAAAGUGUUGAUUCAAAAUCAGACUUCCGUUUCAUCAUCACAGGUUAUACAAGGUACACAAAGAAUGCCACUUCUUGCCAAUGUCUUAGAGUCAUCUGCAAGACCAACGAUUUUGCCGAAUCAAAUCUUAAGAUCCGUAACGACUCCUUUAUUAUCAAACAAAGUAACAACAGUUGGUCCAGUAGGCCAGACAAUAUUAUAUCCGUUUGGUAGAAGUACUGCCCCAAACAGUGGACAGCCAUUUCCAACAUACAUUAUUACAAACACUUCUCAGGCAACAAAAGGUCAGACUCCGGUGGUUACUUCUGUUUUAAAAGACGCUAGAACCAGUAUAUCUACGUCAUCAGGAAUAACUAUAAAGACCGAACCGGCUAGUACAGUUUCUAAACCAGCAAUACCUGCUAUAAAGAAUGAACCGAAUAAUAUCAAGGAUUAUGAAAAGGCAGCAUCAUCUUUCAAAGGAGUUCCUGAUGAUGGCAGUGAAACGGAGAGUGAUGACGAAACACAAAGUGCUCAAUCAAAAAGACAGUCUAGUAAAACGAAGGUAUUAGUACCCGAAGUGGGCGUUCAUGUACCCGCUUCCGAAAGUGAGACAAGUGAAAGAAUCCGUAAACUCAGAGACAAGCUUCGAGAACAACAAGUGCAGGUUGAAAACAUGCGAAAAAAUAUGCCAUCGAGAAAUGAAAUCAAUGACCAUAAUUCGUAAAAAACGACAUAAGAGAACGGCUCAGGUGAAAUUCGUAUUCAUUAAUAUUACAAUCUUACUGUGACUUGACUGCAAGUGUUGCUCUCCACCUAUUGCAGUUUAAUCAAAAUUCUGACCAAAUUGCAAUUUUUUUUAUCAAACCAACCAGACUGAAAUUUGAACAUACAGCUGUAGAAAACCACAGUCAAUUGGUGAGAGUGCAAGGUGAUAAUGUAAAACUUACGUACAAUCACAUUAGACUUUACUUCCACUUCAUUGAUAUUAUGAAAAUGUUUAUAUGAAAUUUUAUACAUUCUUUUAUUGUAAUUGUCAUUCCAAAGGUGAUGGGUAGUAAUUUUCAGAUUGCUAUAAAAAUGUCCAAACUAAGCUUUCCUACAAUUUUUCUUUUAAAAAAUCUUAAUUCAUAAGAAUAAGUAAUCAGUUUGAAUUAAACCAUGUUAUAUUCAGUAAAAUAUUUGUGAAAUUACUAUACAUUGUUAAUAAGUUUCCAUGGGAGAUAAUAAAAAAAUCAUUGAUCAUUUGAAGUAUUGAUCUUAUCUCCCUUUAAAACUUCAAGAGAACAUAUUUAAGCUUUAAGUCCAUUCCAUUAAGUAUUUUAGAGAUUAAUUUAAAGAAAGAUUUGCAGCAUGUAUAGAAAACACGAUUUUAGAAGAAAUAAUUCAAAAACUUAAAGUUGGAAUUUUUUUUAGCAAUUCAAAAAUUACUAUCUAUCACCUUUUGAAUGACAUUUACAAUAAAAGAAUGCAUAGAAAUUCUAAAAAAAACAAUUUCAUAAAUAAACAAUAAAGUGGAAUUAAAGUCCAUAAGGAUUGUAAGUAUGCUUUAUUUUAUUACCUUGCACUUUUCUGACCAGUUGAACAGCUUGGUUUGAUAAAACAAAUUGCAAUUUGGUCAGAAUUUUAAAUUAAUCGCAAUAGGUGGAGAGCAACACUUACAGUCGAGACAGUCGAGACACAGUAAUAAGACUGGACUGUUACCUUUAAUUUGUAUGUGUUUCUGGGAAUGAAUGAACGAAUUUUGAUGGCUAUAAAAGUCUAUGAAUAUUUGAUAGGGUUUGUUUGUUCAUCUUUUAACUUGUGACUAUUUCAAACUACAUCAAUUGUUUUUUUUAUUUUUAUUUUGUAUUUUAUAUAGUGCUGAAUGAUGUCUUUUUCCUAAUUCUGAUGCCAUCAUUUAAAGGUUGCUUGCGACGGAAUUAAGUGAUGUCUUUUAGUUUUAUUAUCAUGGUUGAACAGCUACCAGUUGUUACUUAAAAAUUAAAACAAAUUAGGGAGAACAAA